AUGGCGGAACCGAUCUCGGUCUCGGCAUCCUCCGAUGAAGCUCCGGUCCAACAUGAGAAACGAGUAUGGUACCGGACGACUCUUUUCAAUGCGUUUGUUAUUGGAGGUGUAGGAUUUUUGGCGCCGGGGUUAUGGAAUGCCAUGAAUUCACUCGGUGCAGGUGGUGCCGAAUCACCAUUUCUGAUUAAUGCAGCCAAUGCACUGGUUUUCGGUCUUAUGGGCAUUCUCUGUGUCUUUGGUGGGCCAAUUGCGAAUCGCAUUGGAAUGAACUGGACUUUGCUCCUUGGUGCAGUUGGAUAUCCUAUUUAUUCGGCUGCGCUGUAUACAAAUAACCGUUAUGGCAAUGUUUGGUUUGUGUUGGUUGGUGCAGUCGCCUGCGGCUUAUCAGCGGGUUUGUUUUGGGCUUCUGAGGGUGCGGUUGCACUUGGAUAUCCGGAGCCUUCCAAGAGAGGCCAAUAUAUGAACAUUUGGCUUUGGUUCCGAACUGGUGGCCCCCUAGUUGGCAGUGCAAUUGUUCUUGGACUUAAUCAUUCUGCUGAUGCAAAGAGCAAGGGAAAAGUCGGAUCUGAAACGUACCUCAUCUUUGUCGCCUUGCAAUGUCUUGCGGUCCCUUUUGCUAUUUUUCUCACUCGUCCUGAAAAGGUCCAGCGCAGCGAUGGAAGUGUCGUGAAAGUCGUUAAGCAGGAGUCGUGGCGUGCUGAAAUGGUUGAGCUCUGGAAAGUUACUCGCCGGAAGGAUAUUCUGCUCUUGUUGCCAGUAUUCUGGGCUGCUUAUUUCAACCAGUACACCGGCAAUUUUGAGACUUACUACUUUGGAGUCCGAGCCCGCGCUCUGAUUGGACUAGUCACUUACCUUGCAGGUCUUCUCUCAUCCUGGAUCAUCAGUCGAUUCUUGGAUUACCAGAAGCUACCUGUCAAGAGCAGAAUCAUCUACAGUUUUUAUUAUGUUAUUGUGCUUCACAUCACGGCCUGGAUUUAUGGCUGGGUCGUGCAAGAGCAGUAUACCGCCAAUGCACCUUCCCUCGACUGGUCCGACAAAGGCUACACGAAAGGAAUGUUCGUGAUCCUUCUUUGGCAAUUCUCUCAGCAGGCUUUGCAGAACUGGCUCUACUACCUGCUCUCAACAAUGACCGAUAACAUCUCGGAACUCUCUCGUCUAUCUGGUAUCCUUCGUGGCCAGGAGAGUUUUGCCCAAGCAGUGUCGUACGGAAUCAAUACUCGCGAUUGGUAUGGUGGCCGGGUUCCUCUCGCAGUGAACACAAUUCUUCUAGGCAUUGCGGUUGUUCCAACUUGGAUGGUUAUCAAGAGCCAUUCCCCAAUUGAAAACAGCAAAAACGUGGAAGUGAACAAUGAAAGCAAGGAUGAAGAAAAGGGUACGCCCAAUAACGGCAGUUUGAAGAGCAAGGAAGUCAUUGUGACUGGAGAAGAGGUGAAGGCUGAAUGA